GCAGACUCAGUGCUGAGUGCUCUGUGGUGUUAUCAAUAAGUGUGUGUGUGUGUGUGUGUGUGUUCUCUCUGGGAUGUCCUCCGUGUUGUCACACACCUGCAGCUGAACGUCGUCUGAGCCGUUCAUUCCUCUAGCGGUAGACGGAUGACGAUGGCGCCUGCAGAAGGAGAAGAUGAAGUUCAGUUCCUGCGUACAUCGGAUGAAUUGGUAUUGCGCUGCUGCUUGGCUGUCCCCCUCCAGCAGAAGCUGUGUUUGGCUGCAGAUGGUUUCGGGGGCCGACUGUGUUUCCUCGAGUCCACUUCAAACUCCAAGAAUGUUCCGGCAGAUCUGUCCCUGUGUGUGUUUGUGCUGGACAGGUGUGUGUCAGUCCGAGCUCUGCAGGAAAUGCUCUCCAACCAUGAGGACCCACACACGGGGUCAGCUGAGACCGCUGGCCAUCGCACUCUCCUCUAUGGACAGGCACUGCUACUCAGACACGCCCACAGCAACAUGUAUCUGAGCUGUCUGACCUCGUCGGCGAUCUCGGCUGAUAAGCUGGCGUUUGAUGUCGGCCUUCAGGAGGAUGUCGCAGGUGAGACGUGUUGGUGGACGGUCCACCCAGCUUCCAAGCAGAGGUCAGAGGGGGAGAAGGUCAGAGUGGGUGAUGACCUCAUCUUCAUCAGCGUUUCCUCUGAGAGAUACCUGCACGUCUCAUGGGGAACCGGUGUGUAUCAGGAGUGUAUAAAUACGACAGUGGACGCAGCUUUCCAGCAGACUCUAUGGAGUGUGGCUCCCGUUUCCUCUUGCUCGACUCAAGCUCAAGGUCACCUCAGGGGAGGAGACUGUCUACGUCUCCUACACGGCCACACGGAUGAGUGUUUGACCGUUUCACCCGCUGGGCACAUAGAAGACGAGCGCAGAUCUGUUCAUUUUGAAGCCGGCUGCGUCUCAUCUCAAGCUCGUUCACUGUGGAGGAUUGAGAUGUUACGUGUGUCCUGGAGUGGGAGCCAUAUUCGUUGGGCGGAACCAUUUCGUCUGUAUCAUGUGACCAUGGGAAAAUACCUGGGCCUGACCCCGGACCGUGGUCUGCUGCUACUGGACAGAGAGCACGCUGACGUCAAAUCUACCGCCUUCUGUCUCCGCCCAACGAAGGACGCUGGCCAAGAAUUCCCACUCUGUGUCUGGAAGAAAGACGGGAUGGGAAUUCCGGAGAUCAAAUACGGUGACUCUGUCUGUUUAGUCCAGCAUGUGGACUCCGGGUUAUGGCUCACCUACCAGACCAGCGACUCGAAGAGGAGGAAGGAGACGCAGUCGCACAAACAGGCCAUACUCCAUUCAGAAGGUCACAUGGAUGAUGGACUCACACUCUCUCGCUCGCAGACGGAGGAGUGUAAAGCUGCCAGUCUCAUCCGGAGCUCGACUCUCCUGUUCACAAGCAUUAUACGGAGAUUAGAUGAUCUCACUCACCGAGCCAACGUUGCAGCCGUGGAUCUUCCGAUAGAAAUGCUGCGUUUGAGUUUGUGUGAUCUGAUUGGUUAUUUCCGGCUGCCUGACGAAUGCUGGAGCCACGAGACCAGACAGAGCAGCAGCGGAGCGCUAAAGAACAGACAGAACCUGUUCCAGGAAGAGGGUGUAAUUACUUUGGUCCUAGACUGCAUCGAUCACCUGCACCUGUAUAGCAGUGCGGCUCAUUUUGCCGAGGCUGCUGGGAAAGAGGCGGGAGAUGCAUGGGAAGCCAUUUUGAGCUCCUUCUAUGUGCUUCUGGCGGCGCUGAUCCGGGGGAAUCAGAAUAACUGCUCUCAGUUCUCCAGCUCUCUGGACUGGCUGAUCAGCAGACUGGAGAGACUUGAGGCCUCCACUGGAAUUCUUGAAGUGCUGCACUGUGUAUUAAUGGAAAGUCCAGAAGCCCUGAGUUUUAUUAAAGAAGAACACAUUCGCUCCAUCAUCACACUUUUAGACAAACACGGACGCAACCACAAGAUCCUGGAGGUGCUGUGUUCACUGUGUGUGUGUCAUGGUACAGCAGUGCGCUCUAAUCAGCACCUGAUCUGUGACACACUGCUGCCUGAGCGAGACUUACUGCUGCAGAGCCGCCUGAUGAACCACGUCACCAGUGUUCGCCCGAACAUCUACCUCUGCAUGGGAGACUACUCCGCACAGUACAGGAAGUGGUAUUAUGAGGUGGUGGUGGAGAAGGCGGAGCCUUUCGUGACACCUGAGCCGUCUCACCUGAGGGUGGGUUGGGCCUGUAGCGCAGGUUACCACCCCCCUCCAACGGGAGGUCACAGCUGGGGGUCAAACGGAGUCGGAGACGACCUGCGCUCAUACGGCUUCGACGGCCUGCACCUAUGGACAGGUGGCGUGGGUCGCAGGGUCAGCUCGGUCAGUCAGCGUCUGCUGAGGGAGGAUGAUGUCAUCAGCUGUUGCCUCGACCUCGGUGCGAAGUGUAUUUCUUUCCGAGUGAACGGGCAGCCGGUGCAGGGCAUGCUGGAGAAUUUCAACACCGGCGCGCUCAUGUUUCCUGUGGUCAGUUUCUCCGCUGGAGUCAGGGUGCGUUUGCUGUUCGGAGGUCAGCAGGGGGAGUUUAAAUUCCUGCCUCCUGCCGGAUUCUCACCGUGUGCUGAGGCUUUACUCCCCAGGGGGCGCUGCAGACUGGAGCUGUGUGAAGAGGUCACACGGGGUCAGGGAAACAGCGGGCGUGAACUUUUAGGCCCUGCUGUAUCCGCUGAGCCGGUGGUCUUUACCCCUACACCAGUGGACACCAAUCAGGUGACGCUGCCUCCUCAGCUGGAGCUGAUCAGAGAGAGACUGGCUGAGAAUCUGCAUGAGCUCUGGCUGCUGGAGAAAACCGAGCAGGGAUGGACACACGGGCCGGUGAGGGAUGACAGUAAACAGGUUCACCCGGGACUGGUGGAGUUUUCCAAACUUCCAGAUCAGGAGAAACGCAGCAACCUCCAGGCCGCUGAACACACCCUGAGGUCUCUGUUGGCUCUCGGAGCUCGUAUCGGACUGUCUGAUGACCACGUAGAGGAGAAGGUCAAGUACGUCCGGCUCUCAAAGAAGCAUGAACUGUGGAACGGUUACAUGCCGGCUCCGGUGGAUCAGUCCGGAGUUUCUCUAAGCGCUGCUCAGGAAGCUCUGGUGGAAGCGCUGGCUGAGAACGAGCACAACAUCUGGGCCAGAGAGCACAUCAGGGAGGGCUGGAGCUACGCACCACAGCAGGACAUUAAGGGGAAGAGGAGCCCUCAUCUGGUGCCGUUCUCUCUGUUGGAUGAGAGAAGCAGACAAUGUGCAAAAGAGUCAGCGAGGGAUGUGUUAGGAACCCUGCUUGGUUUUGGAUACACUGUAGAAGCAUCAGAGGAAUGGCAGUCCCUGGGCCCUGACGUGAAGGCUGCGAGUGAGGAGAGGGUUCGGAUAUUCCGUGUGGAGCACACGUUUGCAGUGCAUGAUGGGAAAUGGUAUUUUGAGUUUGAGGCAGUCACUGCUGGAGAGAUGAGAGUGGGAUGGGCUCGAGUGGGAUGUCAAGCAGAUAUGGAGUUGUGGUCAGACGAGCAGGCCUACGUGUUUGAUGGCUCAAAGGGUCAGUGGUGGCAUGGGAGCACUGCCCCAUUUGGUCAUGUUUGGCAGAAGGGGGAUGUGAUUGGCUGUUUGUUGGAUUUGACUCGGAGAACCAUGAUGGUCACUUUAAACGGAGAGCUGCAGCUGAACACUUAUGGCUCUGAAAUUGCUUCCAAAGGGUUCACUGCAACUGGUGGCUUUGUUCCUGUGUGUGUUUUGGGUGUGAAUCAGGUGGGACAGUUGAAUUUAGGCCAGCAGGUCAACUCACUGAAAUACUUCAGUGUGUGUGGGCUUCAGGAGGGCUACCAGCCUUUUGCCCUGAACAUGAGCAAAGAUCCACCUCUCUGGAUGAGCUGGAGAGAGCCCUUAUUUGUACAAAUACCAGAGGACCAUCCCCGCUUACAGGUUAGUUACAUUGAUGGGACGGUUGGUCACCUUCCAGCUCUGAAGGUCACCCAGCGGUCAGUGGGAUUACCCGACAGUCUCAGCACUGAUGUUGAGUUCUAUCGCCUGAGCUUGCCCAUAGAGUGUGUACAAGUAUUCACCAAUCCUGUAGAUGGCACAGUACCUCCAGCUAGCAGUGUAGCCUGCCACAUUAAGGAACCAGAAGAAGGGGAGGUGGACUCUGACUUUGAAAUGCUGAUGAAGUCGGCCCACAGACACACAGGAACUAGAGAUGAACUAAACAACCAUAAGGAUCAUGCCCAAGAAAAGACUUCCAGACUUAAGCAAAGGUUUCUUUUGAAGAAGAAACCAGGAUUGAACACUAGUGGCUCUUCAGCCCGGCUGCUGGAGGAGGUGCUAGCGAUUGAGAGGGACAGCGCUAACCAAUUUGCCAACUGCACUAAGUACUACUAUUCUGUGAAGAUCCUACAUGGGCAGGAUCCAUCCUGUGUCUGGGUUGGAUGGGUAACUUCAAACUUCCACUCUUAUGAUCGAACCUUUGACCCGGAGAGAGUGUGUAGUGUGUCUGUCACACUUGGGGACCAAUGGGGCAAAGUUCUUAAGAGUAUCAAGUGCAGUUGCUGUUACAUGGUGUGUGCUGGAGAGGGCAGUAGUCUCUCCCACAGCCAAAGUAGCAUAAGGCUGGAGAUAGGCUGUUUGGUUGACACUGCGACUGGAUUUCUUACCUUUACUGCUAAUGGAAAGGAGAUAGGAAUCUUCUAUCAGGUGGAACCAGGCACUAAACUGUUCCCAGCAGUUUUUGCCAAAGCCACCAGUUCUGAUGUCUUCCAGUUUGAUCUUGGACGAAUUAAGGGUGCGUUGCCACUGUCUGCUGGUUUGUUUCGGAGCGAAAGGAAAAACAUGGAGCCUCAGUGUCAUCCCAGGCUUACUGUCCAAUCCCUGAUACCCAUGAGGUGGACACGGAUCCCUGAACAUGCCCCACAGGUAGAGCUGAUACGGCUUGAGGAGAGGCAUGGCUGGAGGGCACAGUGUACAGACAGUCUACAGGUCAUGACCCUGCACAUCCCUGAGGAGGACAGGAGCAUCGACAUUCUCGAACUCUCUGAAUUGGACAACCUGCUCAAGUUCCAUGACCACACUCUCCGUCUCUAUUCCGCCCUCUGUGCCCAUGGAAACAUACCCGUAAGCCACGCCUUGUGCAGCCACAUCGACCAGUCACAGCUUCUGUUUGCGUUGCAUUGUUCUAGAAUGCCUGGAAAUCUGCGAGCAGGUUUCUAUGACUUAUUAAUGACUGCCCACCUCAGUGUCCAUAGCAGUGCCAGGCAGGCUACCAUCCACGAGUAUAUUGUGCCCAUGACUGAUGCCAUGCGGACUAGUACACGUUCUCAAAACAACAGAAAGCAACACAGACUCCCAGGCAGUAACACCAGCACUUCUCUGCGACCGAGAAUGCACUUCAGCUCACCUUGUUUUGUUAGAGCUAGCGGCAACAGUUUUGAUAACAGGACCAAUAGAUCUGAGGAGGGUUCCUGUCAAUAUAGUCCUGAAUUCCCAAUGGAUAUGCUGAAAGCUGUAAUGACAGCCAUGUUGGAGGAGGCAGUGCACUCAGUAGGGAAGAGUAUAAGAGACCCUGUAGGAGGCAGCAUAGAGCUAAUGCUUGUUCCUCUUCUCCAACUCCUCCACACACUCCUACUCAUGGGUGUAUAUCAUCACUCAGAUCUACGGCGUGUGCUUUCCUUCAUCCUUCCCUCUGUUUACAUGAGGGAAAAUAAUGCAGGAGAAUUAAUAGAUGGAGAUGGAGAGAAUUAUUACGAGAUACUGGGGAAGGAGAAAGAAGGAAGAGCCCUUCCUGAACAAAAGACUUUGUUACAGAUGAAGCUACCAGAAGCAGUUAAACUACAGUUGUGUCACCUGCUACAGUAUCUGUGUGACUGUGAGGUGCGUUACAGGGUCGAGGCCAUAAUGACCUUGUCUGCUGACCUUGUGGGUCGUCUCCAGGGCAACCAGCGCUCUCGCUACAUGAAUGUCAUGGAGGCACUUAACAUGUCUGCUGCUCUCACUGCUCGCAAGACCAAGGAGUUUCGCUCUCCACCUCAAGAACAGAUGAACAUGUUGCUUAACUUCCGAGACAUGGAGCAGGAUUGCCCCUGCCCUGAGAAGAUUAGAGAGUUGCUCUGGGAUUUCCAUCUGGACCUCAGAAGUAAUUGUGGAGUUGAAACUGAUGAAAACUUGGGUGCUGAAGAUGAUGAGAGUCAGCCUAUCCGGAAUCGAUUAAGAGACCUGGUGGACAAAAUGUCUCGUCUAAAGAGGAGGAUGUCUGGUGUGGUUGAAAAGGAUGUUGUGGCUAAACCUGUUUCUCUUCAGUGGCUGAUCUCAGACACUGUGAUGCGUUGGACUCACGAGGGACCGUUGGAAGACCCGGUUUUGGUACGGGCCGCAUUUGGACUCCUACGUUACCAGUACGCCGGCCUGUCUGGCAAAAUGGCCGCCCCGUUACAAAAAGCCUACUGCAUCACGCAAAACUCGGUAGAGGACACGCUUGGCCUGCAGGAGGCACUGGGACGUAUCCGCUCACUACUUACAGCUAGAAUGGGCAUAGAAGAAGAGGAACUCAUGAUCCGAGGACUUGGUGAUAUCAUGAAAAAUAAAGUGUUCUACCAGCACCCGAACCUGAUGAGGGCACUGGGUAUGCACGAGACCGUCAUGGAGGUGAUGGUUAAUGUCCUGGGCACCAGAGAAUCCAAGUUCUCUCCCCAUAAGGAAAUCAGGUUUCCAAAGAUGGUGGCCCACUGCUGCCGUUUCCUGUGUUAUUUUUGUCGAAUCAGCCGCCACAACCAGAAAGCCAUGUUUGAUCACCUGAGCUAUCUAUUGGACCACAGCAGCGUCGGACUUGCAUCUCCCUCCAUGCGAGGCUCAACUCCUCUGGAUGUGGCUGCGGCUUCUGUGAUGGACAACUACGAGCUGGCAUUAGCGCUCACAGAGCCAGACUUGGAGAAGGUGGUGCAGUAUUUGGCAGGCUGCGGUUUGCAGAGUUGUACACUGCUGCUCUCUAAAGGAUACGCAGACAUCGGCUGGAAUCCUGUCGAGGGCGAGCGAUACCUGGAUUUACUGCGCUUUGCUGUCUUCUGCAACGGUGAAAGUGUGGAAGAGAACGCAUAUGUCGUCGUCCGGCUCCUGAUUCGCCGCCCCGAAUGCUUUGGCCCCGCCCUCCGAGUAGAGGGAGGAAACGGUCUCUUAGCAACCAUGGAGGAUGCCAUCAAGAUCUCAGAAGAGGAGAGUGGAGAGUGCUUUUCUAAAGCCUACCAGUCCAGUAGCACACUCGACACUCUUGAUGAUGAAGAUGAUAAUGUCAUCCACAUGGGACACGCCAUCAUGACCUUUUACUCCGCUCUUAUAGACCUGCUGGGCCGCUGCGCUCCAGAGUUGCACCUGAUAGAGGCCGGUAAAGGCGAGGCUGUUCGUAUAAGGGCCAUCUUGAGAUCUCUGAUCCCCGUGAACGACCUGGAAGGAGUCAUCAGCAUCCCUUUCCCACUCCCUUUUCUGGACAAAGAUGGUUGCAUGAUGGAGCCGGACAUGUCCAGGUGCUUCUGUCCAGAUCACAAGGCAUCCAUGGUGCUGUUUCUGGACCGAGUCUAUGGUGUCCAGGACCAGAACUUCCUGCUCCACCUCCUUGAGAAAGGUUUCCUGCCAGAUCUUCAAGCAGCCGUCAGCAUGGAUAAUAGUGGACUGGGUAGUACGGACAUGGCGUUGGCUCUGAACCGUUACUUGUGCGGGUCCGUGCUACCAUUGUUAAGUAAGUGCUCGUCGCUGCUGCGUGGACUUCCUCUCGUUAGGACAGGAACGGUGGACGACUUCCUACAAGCACUCUACCGUCUCUCUAAAGCCAGCAGCCUCACCAAAGCCCAACACGAUGCCAUCCAGACCUGCCUGCUCUCUGUGUGUGGAAAACUGAAGCCGUCCCUGUUGCAGCCCCUACUGCGAAGUCUAGCGGUUGACGUCCCACGGCUGUCCGAGAGCACCAAGAUGCCACUUAAGCUUCUGACCGAUCAUUAUGAGCAGAACUGGAAGUACUACUGCACGACUGGUGGACGUGGAGCGUUUGGCUCCGCCUCAGAGGAGGAGCUUCAGCUCAGCAGGAAGCUGUUUUGGCAUGUUUUCAGAGCAUUGACCAAAAAGACGUAUGACGCCGAGACGUCCGAGGCGUCCGUCGGAUGUCUGGUUGCCGUGUCCGGUGCUGUUCCUCCUGAUCACGUCGACCUCACCUGCACAGCUGGCUUGGACACGCACUCUUCACUCGACUCAGAGGGACGCUUCUGUCCUCAACCUCUGGACACGUCCGAUGUAACAGUGCCUGAGGGAUUGGAGUAUGUGGUGAAUAAAUACGCAGAACACACACACGAGAAGUGGUCACUGGAGAAGUUUGCUAAUGGUUGGGUUCACGGAGAGCAGAUGUGUGAGAGCUCUAAAGUUCACCCACUCCUGAAGCCCUACAGAGCCUUAUCGGAACGAGAUAAAGAGAAGUACAGAGCGGCCAUUAAAGAGACCGUGAAAAGCAUGCUGGUCUUGGGCUGGACCAUCGAGCGGUCGAAAGAGGGGGAUGCGAGGGACCUCCAUCACCUCUCCAGGAGGAUCUCACAGUCUGGCCAGCUGUCAUUUGAGGGAACCUCCAUGUUCAGUCCCAAACCAGCAGACACCAGCAGCAUCAUGCUGACCUGGGAUCAGUAUGCUAUGGCGGAACAACUGGCGGAAAAUUACCACAACAUCUGGGCCCAGAAGAAACUCCAGGAACUGCAAGCUAAAGGAGGGGGCAGUCACGCACUGCUGGUGCCGUAUGAGUCUCUGAGUGGCCGAGAGAAGAGCCGAAUCCGAGACAGAGCGCGGGACGUCCUGAAGUUCUUCCACAUCAAUGGAUACACAGUGUGGAGAGAGAGAAAACCUCCCGAGUCCGAUUGUCCCUCUGUCUCGGGCCGCUUUGCGUACCGUCUCCUCCAUCAGGCGCUCUCCUGUACCGAACAAGUGCAGGAAAAGAUGCUGGAGCUGGAGGUUGCUCAGGCUAGAGGGCAACCGGGAACAGCAGAGGACAUGUGUCACGAGCAGCAGAUGCGUUUCUUCAUCAAAGUUUUAUUACCGCUAAUUGAUCACUAUUUUAAAAACCAUCAUCUCUACUUCCUGCCCAGUGCGAUGUGUUCUCUUAGCAGCACCGCACACGCUUCCAAUAAAGAGAGAGAGAUGGUUUCUAGGUUGUUCUGUACGCUGGCAGCUCUCACCAGACGCAGGAUUUCUCUGUUCGGUAAAGAUGCUCGGUGUGUGGUGAGCUGUCUGCAGAUCCUGGCACGCUCUCUGGACGCGAAGGUAGCGAUGAAGAUGGUGACGGAAUGUGUGCGUUCAGCCCUGCACUCAUUCUUCGAGGCUGCGGCGGUGGAUUUGGAGCUGGCGGUAGACAGCGUGACCCCGGGGGUCAUCCAGUUUCGAGGAGAUAGAGAAGUUCUGACCUACACCACCGCUGCACUGCUCCCAGUCCUGACCUCUCUGUUUAAACAUACAGCUCACGGCCAGAGCUCACUCGACCUCAUGGUGGACGAAGUGCAGGCGUCCUGUUACAGGAUCCUCCGCAGCCUUUACACUCUCGGCACUUGCAGUAACACUUUCAUGGAAAGGCAGAGGCCUUUUAUAGGCGAGUGCCUCGCUGCCUUGUCAUCUGCCUUCCCUCUGUGCUUCCUCGAGAUUUCCCUGGACUACAUGAGCAACGCACAGAGAGAAAUAGGCGUGUCCAUCGCAGCCAAGGAUUCGUCCUGGACCCUCCCCUCCUUACAGGAAGCAUUGGCAGAUGUCGAAGAUGUUCUGGAGGCGGAGUCAGCGGCUCGCCACGCCCUUCUAUCCCGAGUCAUGGAGGUAACUGUUCCUCUACUGUGCAGCUACGUGUGUCGUUGGGGUGAAGAGGAUAGUCUGGGGUCUGAGGGGCAGCAGGGGGCAUCAUGCUCCUCUCUCACACCCUCACACACCAACGCCCUGCUGGGACAAAUCCUCGCCAUCAUCCACGUCCACCUAGGCAGACACGAGUGCACCUGGAUGAAACGGAUUGUGGGUUUUGUCCAGCCGAUGGUCCGUAGUGCGGAACCCGGUCUCCUGACGAGUCGCAUCCUGCCUCUGAUGGAAAAGCUGAAGAAGAGGGCGGAGUUAGUGCUGCAGGAAGAGGAGAGCAUGAAGAUUGAGGGGUGUGGUGAUGUGGCAGAGAUGGAGCUGGCGGUGCAGGAGAAGUUUGCGGUGUUGGUGCAGGACAUCUACGCUGUUUAUCCCCUUCUCAUCCCGUUUGUCGAGCAUCACAGGAUACUCUGGCUGAGGGAGAUGAACGCAGAUGCUGAGAGACUCUUCAGUCUGGUUGCUGAUGUUUUCACUUUCUGGGCCAAAUCUCAUAACUUUAAGUGGGAGGAGCAGAACUUUGUAGUACAGAACGACAUCAACAACAUGACCUACCUGGUCAACAGCAGGAACAGCCAAAUGACAAAGAGAGAGUGUGAAGAGGAGAGGAGGAAGGUGAAGAGGAGCAAAGACGAGCGGUACUCCACACACACUUCUCUUAUCGUGGCCUCUCUGAAGAAGCUCCUCUCUGUCGGUCUGAAUCGAUGCUGUCAGAGAGAUAGAGACCUCAUUACUCUCGCCAAGAACCGCUUCGCUGAGAAAGAUACGGAGGAGGAAGUUCGAGCUUUCAUUUGCAUCAGCCUUCAACAGGUAAACCAGGAUGUUUCUCACUCUUUACUGGAUGAACGUCGUGUUGAAGGUGUUUUGGCUGUGGCCCGUGUGCUUUUCUAUCUGGAUCAGGUGGAGUCUCCUCAGGGCAGUAAGAGAGCUGUGUGGCAGAAACUGCUCUCUAAACAGAGGAAACGAGCCAUAGUGGCCUGCUUCAGGAUGACUCCUUUAUACAACCUGCCACGGCACAGGGCGGUGAAUUUGUUUCUGCAGAGCUACAGGAGGAUUUGGGUGGAGGGAGAAGACGACUUGUAUGAGGAGAAGCUGAUUGAAGAUUUAGCUAAAGCAGGAGAUGGAGGGAGCGUGGUAGAGGAAGAGGGACGGAGUGAGGGAACGGCGGAAAGCAAAAAGAUCGACCCUCUUUAUCAGCUCAUUACUCUCUUCCACCAAAGUGCCCUGACAGAGAGGAGCAGGUUGGAGGAAGACGGUCUGUACCUGGCCUACACUGACAUCAUGGCCAAGAGCUGCCAGGCCGAGGACGAGGACGGGCGUGAUGAGGUGAAAUCCUUUGAGGAGAAAGAGCUGGAGAAACAGAGACUCUUGUAUCAACAAGCCAGGCUACAUGAACGAGGAGCUGCGGAGAUGGUUCUCCAGAGGCUCAGUGCCAGCAGAGGUGUUACGGGGCACUCAGUGGAGGCCACUCUUAAACUCGGCAUCGCCAUGCUGAACGGAGGAAACACAGACGUACAGCAGAAAAUGCUGGACUAUCUGAGAGUGAAACGAGAUGUGGGAUUCUUUCACAGCCUGGCGAGCCUCAUGCAGUCCUGCAGUGUUUUAGACCUGAACGCUUUCGAGAGGCAGAUGAAAGCCGAGGGUUUAGGAACUGCAGCUGAUGGCAACGCGGGUGAUAAGGUUAUGGCAGAUGGGCCGCUGACUUGUGAUCUCUUCCGCUUCCUCCAGUUGCUUUGUGAAGGACAUAAUGCAGAUUUUCAGAACUAUCUGAGGACUCAGACAGGAAACAAUACCACAGUAAAUAUUGUCAUCUCUACUGUGGACUACCUGCUCCGACUGCAGGAGUCCAUCAGUGACUUUUACUGGUAUUACUCUGGGAAAGAUGUGAUUGAUGAACACGGCCAGCGUAACUUCUCUAAAGCCAUCAGGGUGGCCAAACAGGUCUUCAACACCCUCACAGAGUAUAUCCAGGGUCCAUGCACUGGCAACCAGCAGAGUUUGGCCCACAGUCGGCUGUGGGACGCUGUGGUGGGCUUUCUCCAUGUUUUCGCCCACAUGCAGAGGAAGCUUUCUCAGGAUUCGAGUCAGAUUGAGCUGCUGAAGGAACUGAUGGAUCUGCUAAAAGACAUGGUGGUGAUGCUGUUGUCUAUGCUAGAAGGAAACGUUGUGAAUGGCACAAUCGGCAAACAGAUGGUGGACAUGCUGGUGGAGUCAUCCAGCAACGUUGAAAUGAUCCUCAAGUUCUUUGACAUGUUCUUGAAACUCAAAGACCUCGUAUCCUCUGAUGCCUUCAAAGAAUAUGACCCUGACGUACAAGGACUUAUCUCCAAGAAGGACUUCCAGAAGGCCAUGGAGGGCUACAAACGGUACACUGUAUCUGAGAUGGAUUACCUCUUGUCUUGCGCAGAGACGAACGAGACCAAGCUCCUGGACUAUCGCGCGUUUGUGGCGCGUUUUCACGAACCCGCCAAAGACAUCGGUUUCAACGUGGCUGUCCUUUUGACCAACCUGUCAGAGCACAUGUCUCAUGACGCUCGACUACGGAACUUUCUGGAGUUAGCUGACAGCGUGCUCAGGUAUUUCCAGCCUCACCUGGGCAGGAUUGAGAUCAUGGGCAGCGGGAAACGGGUCGAGAGGGUCUACUUUGAAAUCAGCGAGUCGAGCCGGAUGCAGUGGGAGAAACCACAGGUCAAGGAGAGCAAGCAUCAGUUCAUCUUCGACAUUGUUAACAAGGGAGGAGAGAAAGAAAAGAUGGAGCUCUUCGUGAACUUCUGCGAGGACACCAUCUUUGAGAUGCAGCUGGCCGCCCAGAUCUCUGCCCCCGACCGUGAUGAUGAGGUGCUGGGAAUAGAGGAUGAUGGAGUGGAUGAGAAGGAGGAGGAUAAGAACCCUGCUACAGAUAAUGAUGACACUAAAGUAGAGCAGAGAGGCUUUUCUUUGAUGGCGAUGAUGAAGCGGCUUCUCCUGGCCCCUCUCCGUGCCCUGAUGAUGAUAAUGUGUCUCCUCUCCAUAAGGAACGUGAAGCGGCAGAUAAAAAGGAUGACCAUGAAGGGUCUCAUUUUGGCCAUCGCUCUCUUCUUCCAGAAGGUUUUGUCAGCCAUGUUGCAUACCAUCUUAGACACCAUCUGCUUUUUCCUACACGUCCUCUAUCUUGUCUUUCUCAGUGGUUGCAUUAUCGAGUUCGCCAAAGAGACCAAACUCUCUGAUUUCUUCAGAGAUCUGACGGACCCGACCCUGGAUGACGUCACAGGGGUAAACGAAGGGGUAAUCCACAAGAACAAAGGUCCAUCACAGACCAGAUCGUACCAUGGUGACCUUCAAGCAAUCGACUUAUCGGCUGUGUCCAAAAACCCUCAGAUACUUACCGAUAUAUUUGGUCUCCAGUUAAGAAAGGAUGGAGGGCAGUAUAUGCUAAUUAGUCGAGAUUCCAAUGCCAGCAUUGGUGAGGCAGUGGUGUCUGAGGAGGAUUUAGAGGAUGAGGAGGACGAGGAGAAGCAUUCCGAGAAUGAAAAAGCUGAAGGUGAGGACAAUGAGAAGAAGGACAAGAGGAAGGAAGAUGAGGCGAAACGCAGAUUCAGGAGGAUGAGCUUGCACAAAGCAGCGGAGCCCGAGGUUCAAGAAUCAGCCACGUGGAAAAUAAUCGACUCUCAGAAGACAAAACUGCUCAAUUAUUUUGCCAGGAAUUUCUACAACAUGCGAGUGCUGGCGCUGUGUGUGACCUUCGGCAUCAACUUCAUUCUUCUGUUCUACAAGGUUUCUUCUAGUGAAGCUGAAGGCGUGGCCAUGCCGGACCUCGGCGAUGAGAAUGAUGACUCUACGAGUGUGCGUUUUAUUCUGGGAGAAAGUGGUUAUAUGAAGUCUGUGCUCCACACUCUGGCUCUGUUACACACUCUUAUCUCCUUCUGCUCCAUCAUCGGCUACUACUGUCUGAAGGUUCCUUUAGUAGUGUUCAAGCGGGAGAAGGAGCUAGCACGUAAGCUGGAGUUCGAUGGUUUGUACGUCACACGGCAACCUGCCGAUGAUGACAUCAGGGGCCAGUGGGACCGGCUGGUCAUAAACACGCUAUCGUUUCCGAGUAAUUAUUGGGACAAAUUUGUGAAGAGGAAGGUGAUGGCCAAGUACAGCGAGUUGUACGGCUCAGAGAGGAUCAGUGGGCUGCUGGGUUUGGAUAAGACAACACUGGAUUUCAGCUACGAAGCCCGGAACGGAAGAAGACCAGCCCGAGAACUACUGAAGUCCAUUGACAUGAAAUAUCAGAUCUGGAAACUUGGAGUGGUGUUCACUGACAACUCAUUCCUCUAUCUUGCCUGGUACAUGCUGCUGUCCAUUUUGGGCCACUACAAUAAUUUCUUCUUCGCCGCUCACCUCUUGGACGUCGCCAUGGGCUUUAAAACGUUACGCACCAUACUGUCUUCCGUCACGCACAAUGGAAAACAGUUGGUUCUGACUGUGGGACUGUUGGCCGUGGUUGUAUAUCUCUACACCGUCGUCGCCUUCAACUUCUUCCGCAAGUUUUACAAUACAAGUGAAGAUGGCCAAACUCUGGACAUGAAGUGUGAUGACAUGCUGACGUGUUACAUGUUCCACAUGUACGUGGGCGUGCGUGCCGGAGGGGGGAUCGGCGAUGAGAUCGAAGACCCGGCCGGAGACGAAUCUGAGUUCUACCGCGUCGUCUUCGACAUCACGUUCUUCUUCUUCGUCAUCGUCAUCCUCUUGGCCAUCAUUCAGGGUCUGAUCAUCGACGCGUUCGGAGAGCUGAGAGACCAGCAGGAGCAGGUGAAAGAGGACAUGGAGACGAAAUGUUUUAUCUGCGGCAUUGGGAGUGAAUAUUUUGAUGCCGUCCCUCAUGGCUUUGAGACUCACACGCUGCAUGAACACAACCUGGCCAACUACUUGUUCUUUGUGCAGUACCUCAUCAAUAAAGAUGUGACGGAACACACAGGGCAGGAGUCCUACGUGUGGAAGAUGUACCAGGAACGCUGCUGGGAGUUUUUCCCAGUCGGAGACUGUUUCCGAAAACAGUAUGAGGAUCAGCUUGGUUAAAUAUACUGACAUUAAGGACUCGUCUUAUUAAUAUGUUCCCAUUCUCUGAUAUGGAAAUAAUUCAUAUAUAUUUUCGACGCAACAGGCAGUUGUUGCAUUCUGCAUAUUUUUGACACUGAUUCUGUUGGUUUGGAUGCAGUGCUGAGGAACGGCGGGGCUCCUGGAUGCUUCUGAUUGGUUACGAAUAAGGCCGGGGUUAGUGCUUAUAACGUCUCAUGAAAUUACUCUCCCUCGUUAGAACUAGGUUUAAUGUGAGCUCUAAUCACACACACAUCUGUCCAAUACGAAAUAUGAUAUUGUUCCACACAUCUGCUCGGGUAAAGCAGAAGGAACUGAUUUUCUCAUAAUACUUCGAGCUCAAGUUCUAUUUAAAAACAAAAACAAAUUAUUGCCUAGCAAUACACAUUUCGAACAUUCACGACCAACACACCAGAGCUAGUCAGUCUAAUAAGUAAAUAAAUAUCAGCCAAUGCAAUGCAGUAUGCAUUCAGUCUUUCAUCUUCAAUAAGUGCUUUAUCCUGGUCAGGAUCAUGGCGCAUCCGGAGUCUAUCCUGGGAAUGCUGGGCAGGGAUACACCAAUCUGUCUCAGGAGAACCCAGAGGAACCCCAGGCAGAUACACAGACAGUAACCCAAGCUCCGAAUCGAACCAGGAAGCUGCACCACUGUCUGUACAAACAUUAAAAGCCCACGAUGUUUCAGUUUACGAACCAUUAAAAAAAAGAACAGUCGCACCAAAUGACAUAGCUUUAAUGUAGCCUAAUUUAAACGUACACCUCGCUUACUUCAGUACUCUUCUGUAUUGCUCGGUGAUUCUGUGAGCGAUGCUGCCAUGUGCAGAGCAGCGUAAAAAGAACAUUUAUUGCCAUCAAUCUGUUUUGUUUU